AAGUGUUAGUAUUAAUGUAUUUUUAUUUUUUUUGGGUGAUAAUGAACUUAUUAUCAAAUCGUUAUUGUAAUGUCCAUCUUGGUGUUGGACCAGAUAGUUGUUCACCGGCAAGAUCUUGGUUGGAGAUGAGAGACACUGUUAGCUGUUCUCCACAUCGGGCGACAUGUCAAGAUGUCAUCCUUGUACUUGUCAGCAUCACAACCCUAAACUAAAAAGAAAUUUGAAGUGUUUGUUAUUCAAUUUUUCUCAUCUUCCUCUAAAUUUUUAAUAGCAGAUGAGGAAGACAAUUUGUACAAAAAGUAUUGAUAGCAGUGUACUGAACCAACACUCUGCUUAGCUGACCUACUUUCACUUACUAAGCUUCGGAUAUCUUGUUAAAUUAGGUCAGGAAGGUGAGAAGUUUUCAACCCAAAACCAUCUUCUAUAAAGUCAAGGACAAAUCAACCUCACUCCAAAUAUAUAAAAAAAAUUAUAUUUACCACACAAAUCAAAUAAAGAAGAAGAAAGUCAAAUAAAGGAACUACACUGAAUCCAUCUAUAUAAUUGUAUCACUACUUUUUUACCCAGGCUGUGAUGCCUGUUGGAAACUAAACAUUGUUCCAGUAUUGCAUGUAAGAUUUCUUCUCCAAGUUGCCAAUCUAAGACCAAUGGCGGAUCAUCAGAAAAUUCAUCCGGUGGCAGUGCAGGAAGCACCACCAACACUACCUUUAGUGCCUCCAGGCUCAUCAAAUUCAGAUAAAGGCAACCCAAUGCAGCAUUACUCUCCACCAUUCAGGCGUACCAUUCCAGAAAUCCACUCAAAGCCACCAUGUAGAGGAACAUGUUGCUGCAAAUGCGUGUGCUGGACGGUAAGCCUUCUCAUCCUCCUGUUGAUUGUCAUUGGAGUCACCGGUGGCAUUCUUUACCUCAUGUUCCAACCAAAGCUUCCCAAAUACUCCAUUGACAGCCUCAAAAUUUCUGAUUUUAGGCUUAACUUUGACAUGAGCCUGUAUGCCAAAUUCGACGUGAAGAUCACUGCCAACAACCCAAACAAGAAAAUUGGAAUCUACUACGAGAAAGGGAGUCACCUGAGCGUGUGGUACACGAACACAAAGCUAUGCCAAGGAUUGCUUCCAAGAUUUUACCAAGGUCACCAGAAUACGACACGGCUUGAUGUGGCCUUAACUGGUCAAACACAGUACGCAAACGCUUUGAUGGCGGCAUUGCAGGAGCAACAACAGACAGGAAGAAUCCCAUUAGAUCUUAAGGUGGAUGUGCCAGUGAGCAUCAAGCUUGGGAAGUUGAAGCUGAGGAAGGUCUGGAUCUUGGGCAAAUGUGUGCUCAUAGUUGAUAGCCUUUCUGCUAAUAAUCUAAUCAGCAUCAGAGCCAAUACUUGUAAGUUUAGGCUGAAGCUCUAGAAGACUUAGAAGAUGGGUGUUCCUGCUAUGUAGCCUGCCUCUUCAUUUUUAUUUUUUAUUUUUUAUUUUU